AUGUUUAGACUCGCUCUAUUGUUUGUGAUUGGUAGUGCCGUAGCAGUUUUCGGUAAUACUCUCCCAGCUGAGUUCCUCGAGUGGGAAGGUAGAAUCGUAGGCGGACAAAAUGCUGCAUCCGGUCAGUUCCCGUACCAGGUUUCACUGCGUUCAUCUGCUAAUUCGCAUUUUUGCGGUGCAUCUAUAAUCAACAACCGCUGGGUUCUCUCGGCCGCUCAUUGCACCGUGGGACGUACGUUGGCCAAUACUCGAGUGGUGGUUGGAACCCAUUUGCUGCUUAGCGGUGGCUUUUCCCAUGCUUCAUCCCGAAUUGUGAACCAUGGAUCGUACAAUUCCAACACAUUAGCCAAUGAUGUUUCGCUGGUUCAAACGUCAGUGGCAAUUGGCUUGAAUAAUCUUGCUCAACCUAUCGGCUUGGGAGCUAACUUCAUCAAUACAGCCAGUGGUGCCAUAGCCUCCGGAUGGGGACGCCUGGGAGCAAAUGCCGGAAUUCCCAACAACUUGCAGUGGCUGAGUACCAGUAUCAUUACGUUGGCCGAUUGCCGUGCCCGUCAUUCAGCAGCUAACCGGGGAAGUGUCUUCGACAACACCAUCUGUACGCUGAGCCCAUCGGGUCAGGGCAUGUGCAUGGGAGAUUCCGGUGGUCCGCUGGUACAUGGCGGCAAUCAGCAGGGUAUCGUCUCGUGGGGAAUUCCAUGCGGUUUGGGCGCCCCUGAUGUGUUUGCCCGUGUUUCGUCGCACCGUACUUGGAUUUUGAACAAUGCUAACUAA